AUGGUCCGCUUCGGGGACGAGCUGGGCAGCCGCUAUGGGGGCGCCGGUGGGGAGCGGGCUCGGGGCGGCGGGGCCGGCGGGGCGGGCGGCCCGGGCCCGGGGGGCCUGCAGCCCGGCCAGCGGGUCCUCUACAAGCAGUCGAUCGCGCAGCGCGCGCGGACCAUGGCGCUGUACAACCCCAUCCCGGUCAAGCAAAACUGCUUCACCGUCAACCGCUCGCUCUUCGUCUUCAGCGAGGACAACGUCGUCCGCAAAUACGCCAAGCGCAUCACCGAGUGGCCUCCGUUUGAGUACAUGAUCCUGGCCACAAUCAUCGCCAACUGCAUCGUGCUGGCGCUGGAGCAGCACCUCCCCGACGGGGACAAGACGCCCAUGUCCGAGCGGCUGGACGACACAGAGCCCUAUUUCAUUGGCAUCUUCUGCUUUGAGGCGGGGAUCAAGAUCAUAGCCCUGGGCUUUGUCUUCCACAAGGGCUCCUACUUACGGAACGGCUGGAACGUCAUGGACUUCGUGGUGGUUCUCACAGGGAUCCUGGCCACGGCUGGCACUGACUUUGACCUGCGGACCCUGCGGGCUGUGCGCGUGCUCAGGCCCCUGAAGUUGGUGUCUGGGAUUCCGAGUUUGCAGGUGGUGCUCAAGUCCAUCAUGAAGGCCAUGGUUCCACUCCUGCAGAUUGGGUUGCUUCUCUUCUUCGCCAUCCUUAUGUUCGCGAUCAUCGGCCUCGAGUUCUACAUGGGCAAAUUCCACAAGGCCUGUUUCCCCAACGGCACAGAUCCAGAUCCAGUGGGUGACUUCCCCUGUGGCAAAGAGGCCCCAGCCCGGCUGUGUGAGGGUGACACUGAAUGUCGGGAAUACUGGCCAGGGCCCAACUUUGGCAUCACCAACUUUGACAAUAUCCUGUUUGCCAUCUUGACGGUAUUCCAGUGCAUCACCAUGGAGGGCUGGACUGACAUCCUCUACAACACAAAUGAUGCAGCUGGUAACACCUGGAACUGGCUCUACUUCAUCCCUCUCAUCAUCAUUGGCUCCUUCUUCAUGCUCAACCUGGUGCUGGGCGUGCUCUCAGGAGAGUUUGCCAAGGAGCGUGAGAGGGUCGAGAACCGCCGGGCCUUCUUGAAGCUUCGCCGGCAGCAGCAGAUCGAGCGGGAGCUCAAUGGGUACCUGGAGUGGAUCUUCAAGGCUGAGGAAGUCAUGCUGGCCGAGGAGGACAAGAAUGCGGAGGAGAAGUCCCCUCUGGAUGCAGUGUUGAAGAGAGCAGCCACCAAGAAGAGUCGGAAUGACCUGAUUCAUGCUGAGGAGGGGGAAGACCGGUUUGCAGACCUCUGUGCCGUGGGAUCCCCCUUCACCCGUUCCAGCCUCAAGAGCGGAAAGACAGAGAGCUCGUCAUACUUCCGUAGGAAGGAGAAGAUGUUCCGGUUCUUCAUCCGGCGCAUGGUGAAGGCGCAGAGCUUCUACUGGGCGGUGCUGUGUGUGGUGGCCCUGAAUACGCUGUGCGUGGCCAUGGUGCAUUACAACCAGCCGCAGCGGCUCACCACGGCGCUGUACUUUGCAGAGUUUGUUUUCCUGGGUCUCUUCCUCACAGAGAUGUCCCUGAAGAUGUAUGGCCUGGGGCCCAGAAGCUACUUCCGGUCCUCAUUCAACUGCUUCGACUUUGGGGUCAUUGUGGGGAGCAUCUUUGAAGUGGUCUGGGCUGCCAUCAGGCCAGGAGCCUCCUUCGGGAUCAGUGUGCUGAGGGCACUCCGGCUGCUGAGGAUCUUCAAAGUCACAAAGUACUGGAGCUCCCUGCGGAACCUGGUGGUGUCUCUGCUCAACUCCAUGAAGUCCAUCAUCAGCCUCCUCUUCCUGCUGUUCCUGUUCAUCGUGGUCUUCGCUCUGCUGGGCAUGCAGCUGUUUGGGGGACAGUUCAACUUUAAGGAUGAGACCCCGACAACGAACUUUGACACUUUCCCCGCGGCCAUUCUCACUGUCUUCCAGAUCCUAACAGGAGAGGAUUGGAAUGCAGUGAUGUAUCACGGGAUCGAGUCGCAAGGUGGAGUCAGCAAAGGCAUGUUCUCCUCCUUUUACUUCAUUGUCCUGACGCUGUUUGGAAAUUACACUCUGCUGAAUGUCUUCCUGGCCAUCGCCGUGGACAACCUCGCCAAUGCUCAGGAGCUGACCAAGGACGAAGAGGAGAUGGAAGAAGCAGCCAAUCAGAAGCUUGCUCUGCAAAAGGCCAAAGAAGUGGCUGAAGUCAGUCCCAUGUCUGCCGCCAACAUCUCCGUUGCUGCUGCUUUUGUAAAGCACACUCGAGGUGCUGCAUCUCGCAGCUCAUCUGUCUCCAGCGUAAACUCACCGCCGCAGAACUCGGCCAAGGCGCGCUCGGUGUGGGAGCAGCGCGCCAGCCAGCUGCGGCUGCAGAACCUGAGGGCCAGCUGCGAGGCGCUGUACAGCGAGAUGGACCCCGAGGAGAGGCUGCGCUACGCCACCACGCGCCACCUGCGGCCUGACAUGAAGACGCACCUGGACCGGCCGCUCGUGGUGGAGCUCGGCCGCGACGGGCCGCGGGUCGCCUCGGGCGGCAAGGCCCGGCCCGAGGGCCCGGAGGCUGCCGAGGGCGCGGACCCGCCGCGCAGGCACCACCGGCACCGCGACAAGGCCGCGGCCCCGGCCCCGGCCCCGGCCCCGGCGGCAGCGGGGGAGGACAGGGGGGACGCGCCGAAGGCCGAGCGCGCGGAGCCCGGGGCCCGGGAGGAGCGCGCGAGGCCGCACCGCAGCCGCAGCAAGGAGACCCGGAGCGAGCGCGGCCGCGGCCCGGGCCCCGAGGGCGGCCGGCGCCACCACCGGCGCGCCUCCCCAGAGGAGGCGGCCGAGCGGGAGCCGCGGCGCCACCGCGCGCACAGGCACGCACCCGCCCAGGGCAAGGAAGGCGGCGCGGCCGCGGCCAAGGGCGAGCGGCGAGCGCGCCACCGCGGCGGCCCGCGGGCCGGGCCCAGGGAGGCCGGGAGCGGGGAGGAGCCAGCGCGGCGGCACCGGGCCCGGCACAAGGCGCUGCCCACGCACGAGGAUGUGGAGAAGGAGGCGGCGGAGAAGGAGGGCGAGGCCGAGGACCGGGACAAGGAGAAGGAGCUCCGGAACCACCAGCCCAAGGAGGCACACUGUGACCUGGAGGCCAGUGGGAUAAUGGGUGUGGGCCCUGUGCAUGCACUGCCCAGCACUUGUCUACAGAAGGUGGAGGAACAGCCAGAGGAUGCAGAUAAUCAGCGGAAUGUCACACGGAUGGGCAGUCAACCGUCCGACCUGAGUGCUACUGUGCAUAUCCCAGUGACGCUGACCGGCCCUCCUGGGGAGACCACAACUGUUCCCAGUGGUAACGUGGACCUGGAAAGCCAAGCUGAGGGGAAGAAGGAGGUGGAAGCUGAUGAUGUGAUGAGGAGUGGCCCGCGACCCAUCGUCCCAUACAGCUCCAUGUUCUGUUUAAGCCCCACCAACCUGCUCCGCCGCUUCUGCCAUUAUAUCGUGACCAUGCGGUACUUUGAGAUGGUCAUUCUCGUGGUCAUCGCCCUGAGCAGCAUUGCCCUGGCUGCCGAGGAUCCAGUGCGGACAGACUCGCCCAGGAACAACGCUCUGAAGUACAUGGACUACAUUUUCACAGGCGUCUUCACCUUUGAGAUGGUGAUCAAGAUGAUUGAUUUGGGACUGCUCCUACACCCUGGGGCCUACUUCCGGGACUUAUGGAAUAUUCUGGACUUCAUCGUGGUCAGUGGGGCCCUGGUGGCAUUUGCCUUCUCAGGAUCCAAAGGGAAAGACAUCAAUACCAUCAAGUCCCUGAGAGUCUUGCGUGUCCUGCGGCCCCUCAAGACCAUAAAACGGCUGCCUAAGCUCAAGGCUGUGUUUGACUGUGUGGUGAACUCGCUGAAGAAUGUCCUCAACAUCCUGGUCGUCUACAUGCUCUUCAUGUUCAUAUUUGCUGUCAUUGCGGUGCAGCUCUUCAAAGGGAAGUUUUUCUACUGCACGGAUGAGUCUAAGGGGCUGGAGAGGGACUGCCGGGGCCAGUAUUUGGAUUAUGAGAAGGAGGAGGUGGAAGCUCAGCCCCGGCAGUGGAAGAAAUACGACUUUCACUACGACAAUGUGCUCUGGGCUCUGCUGACGCUGUUCACAGUGUCCACAGGAGAAGGGUGGCCCAUGGUCCUGAAACACUCUGUGGACGCCACCUAUGAGGAGCAAGGCCCAAGCCCCGGGUACCGCAUGGAGCUGUCCAUCUUCUACGUGGUCUACUUUGUGGUCUUCCCCUUCUUUUUCGUCAACAUCUUUGUGGCCUUGAUCAUCAUCACCUUCCAGGAGCAGGGGGACAAGGUGAUGUCUGAAUGCAGCCUGGAGAAGAACGAGAGGGCUUGCAUCGACUUCGCCAUUAGUGCCAAGCCCCUGACGCGGUACAUGCCCCAGGACAAGCAGUCGUUCCAGUACAAGACAUGGACUUUUGUGGUCUCGCCUCCCUUCGAGUACUUCAUCAUGGCCAUGAUCGCCCUCAACACAGUGGUGCUAAUGAUGAAGUUCUAUGACGCACCGUAUGAAUAUGAGCUAAUGUUGAAAUGCCUGAACAUUGUGUUCACAUCCAUGUUCUCCAUGGAAUGCGUGCUGAAGAUCAUCGCUUUUGGGGUGCUGAACUAUUUCAGAGAUGCCUGGAAUGUCUUUGACUUUGUCACUGUGUUGGGAAGUAUUACUGAUAUUUUAGUAACAGAGAUUGCGGAAACGAACAAUUUCAUCAACCUCAGCUUUCUCCGCCUCUUCCGUGCUGCCCGGCUCAUCAAGCUGCUGCGCCAGGGCUAUACCAUCCGCAUCCUGCUGUGGACCUUCGUCCAGUCCUUCAAGGCCCUGCCCUACGUGUGUCUGCUCAUCGCCAUGCUGUUCUUCAUCUACGCCAUCAUCGGCAUGCAGGUUUUUGGAAAUAUUGCCCUGGAUGAUGACACCAGCAUCAACCGGCACAACAACUUCAGGACGUUUUUACAAGCCUUGAUGCUGUUGUUCAGGAGUGCCACUGGGGAGGCCUGGCACGAGAUCAUGCUGUCUUGUCUCAGCAACCAGGCCUGUGAUGAGCACGCCAAUGCCAGUGAGUGUGGGAGCGACUUUGCCUACUUCUACUUUGUCUCCUUCAUCUUCCUUUGCUCCUUUCUGAUGUUGAACCUCUUUGUGGCCGUGAUCAUGGACAAUUUUGAGUACCUUACACGGGACUCUUCCAUCCUAGGGCCUCACCACCUGGACGAGUUCAUCCGGGUCUGGGCUGAGUACGACCCGGCCGCGUG